CCGGAGGGACCAUUUCGCCAGGGGCUCGGCACUACUCCAGUCGAUCACCGAGGUGUCGCGUGUGAUCGUCGUGGUGCGUUGCCCAAGAGUCACAAACAGUCGUGUGUGCGUAUAUGUAUAAUAUGUAAAAUAAAUAUAUAUUAUAAUAUCAUAAUAAUCUAAGCGACCAUCGCGGGACGUAUCAUGCGAUAUAGUUCGGUAUGUCUCGAGACAAUCGCUACGAGCAGCGCCAAUUCAAUCCGAUUCGUUUCGGUGUAGUCGGUAUAGUGUCGUCGAUAUAACGGAAAAAAUCGCAUUUUGAAAAAUCACUCUUAACGCGAAUCGGUCGCCGCGUAUAACAGGUAGGACCUACGUAUAGUCUGUAUCGUCGUGCUGGUCGCACCAUAGUAUUAUCGUUUUCCUUCGCGAGAAGAAUUUUCCUGUGAAAAACUUUUCGCCGGACGUAUACUAUAUACGUAUACGAUAAUAUAGUCGUCGUACGCGUUAUUCACACUUGUCGAUUCCGUGCGGUUGAGCUGAUUUUUAAUCCACGAUCGUCGACAUGCCGCCGUGAGCGAACGGCCGGUUCAGCGGCGUUGGUGACGUCGGCCGACUACGGCGUUGCGCGUGUUGCGGCCGGACCGGAAACGGUCGGACGAUGUAGUCGGUGGCCCGGAAGCAGCGGCGACGGCGGCGGAAGUCGCAGACGUGCGGAGGAAGAGAAGAGAUCCCGAAGAGAUCGGCGAUAAAAAAAUGUUCGCGGCGGCGGCUGCGGCUGCAGCGGCGGUCAACGAUACGACUGAGGCGGCAACAACCGCGACGACCGUCACAGCGACCGCGGCAACCGCGACCACGGUGGCCGCGACCACGGCGUCCGACGCUCUGGCCACGGUGGCCACGAUUGGAGCGACCGCGAUUUCCGGCGGCGCCGUGGACGGACUUCUCGACAACCUGGCAGACGAGGCGUGGUUCUGCGCGUACGUGGCCAAGUGCGCGGCCAUGUGCUUCAUAGUGGUGGCCGCGCUGUUCGGCAACCUACUGGUUAUGGUGAGUGUGAUGCGUCACCGCAAACUGCGCGUCAUCACCAACUACUUCGUCGUGUCACUGGCCCUGGCCGACAUGCUGGUGGCCAUAUUCGCCAUGUGCUUCAACGCCAGCUUCGAGAUGACCGGCCGCUGGCUGUUCGGCCCGUUCAUGUGCGACGUCUGGAACUCGAUGGACGUGUACUUCUCCACCGUGUCCAUACUGCACCUGUGCUGCAUCAGCGUGGACAGGUACUACGCCAUCGUCCAGCCCCUGGACUACCCCCUGAUCAUGACCAAGUCCCGGACGGUGGUCAUGCUGGCGUCCGUGUGGGUGUCGCCCGUGCUCAUAUCGUUCGCGCCUAUAUUCGCCGGCUGGUACACGACCGCCGCGCACGACCGCGACAGGGUCCGUCACCCAGACGUGUGCGCGUUCGUCGUCAACAAGCAGUACGCUGUCGUGUCUUCCGGCGUGUCGUUCUGGGUGCCGGGCGUCAUCAUGCUGUUCACGUACUACCGCAUCUACCAGGAGGCCGACCGACAGGAACGAAUGCUCUACAGGAGCAAAGUGGCCGCCGCGUUACUGAACAAGCACCUACAGAUCAACGGCAUAAGCGCACUCGGAGCGCUGUCAACUUCGGAUGCGGUGAAGGACGUCGACGUGGAAACGGAUCCGGACUCGGGAGCUUUUCGACCAGCGGCCUCGAGUAACAAAAUGAAAAGGGAGCGGAAAGCGGCCCGCACCUUGGGCAUCAUUAUGUCCGCGUUCCUGGCGUGUUGGCUACCUUUUUUUACAUGGUACAUGAUGAGCUCGCUGCUGGAAGGCGGUUCAUGGAUGCCCCGGUGGGUGACGGUGCUCGUGUUCUGGGUGGGCUACUUCAACUCGGCCCUCAACCCGCUUAUCUACGCGUACUUCAACCGGGAGUUCCGGGUGGCGUUCCAGAAGACACUGCAGAGCUGCUGGCCCAAGUCGCCGCCGUGGUGUCCGCCGUGCCUGCGCCGUCGAUACGAGCAGUCACGCAACGAGACGGCCACGGCGACCGCGGCUUUCGGCCAGCAGAACAUGUACAACUACAGCAACGUUUCCGAAGUGCACUACAUGAAUCCAGCCACCAUAGCUCUGCUCCAGAACAACGGCGGCAGUGGUGGCAGUGGUGGCAACGGUUGUCGUACCGAACAAAUAGUUCUAUAGAAUGAUAAAAAAAAAAAAAAUAAGUGUAUGUGUAUACCACUUUACCUAUAA